CCGGGACGAGCUCCAUCGCGGGGGACGUUCUUGGCCGGGAAAGGUGCAAUUGUGUGCAGCUAUUCCUGUUCUGGAAGGGAUGGAGGAGGCGGAGGCCGAUUGCGCCCUGGCGUUCGCCGAGGCCCAGCGAUGGGUGGAGGCAGUAACAGAGAAGAAUUUUGAAACAAAGGAUUUUCGAGCUUCUCUAGAGAAUGGUGUUCUGUUGUGUGAUUUAAUUAAUAAACUGAAACCUGGGGUCAUUAAGAAGAUCAAUAGAUUGUCUACACCUAUAGCAGGCUUGAAAAAAUUGAGAAAUGAAUUUCAGCAAAGAUCAAAUUCAGAACACUGGUGGGAAAAUAAGGAUAAUAUAAACGUUUUUUUGAAAGCUUGUGAACAGAUUGGAUUGAAAGAAGCCCAGCUUUUCCAUCCUGGGGAUCUACAGGAUUUAUCAAAUCGAGUCACUGUCAAGCAAGAAGAGACUGAUAGGAGAGUGAAAAAUGUUUUGAUAACUUUGUACUGGCUGGGAAGAAAAGCACAAAGUAACCCCUACUAUAAUGGUCCCUAUCUUAAUUUGAAAGCGUUUGAGAAUCUUUUAGGACAAGCUCUGACUAAGGCACUUGAAGAGUCCAGCUGCCUGAAGAGGAGUGGCAGGGACAGUGGUUGCAGCGACAUCUGGGGCCCUGAGCGCGGGGAGCUUCUGGCUUCUCCAGGCAACUGUAAGAGGGAGGACUCGUUUGAGAGCCUGGACUCUUUGGGAUCAAGGUCAUUCACAAGCUGCUCCUCUGAUAUCACGUUGAGGGGGGCACGUGAAGGUUGUGAAAGUGACACAGAUUCUGAAUUUACAUUCAAAAUGCAGGACCAUAAUAAAGAUGACAUGUCCUAUAGAAGGAUUUCGGCUAUUGAACCCAAGUCUGCCUUACCCUUCAAUCGCUUUUUACCCAACAAGAGUAGACAGCCAUCGUAUGUGCCGGCACCCCUGAGGAAGAAAAAGCUGGACAAAAAUGAGGAUAACAGACGAAGCUGGGCAAGUGCCGUCUACACAGAAGCAGAUGGAGCAUUUCCAAGCAGAGCAGAGCGUGAUUUUUCGAAUCCAGCUUCCUAUCCGAAGGAGGUGUAUGGUUCUGAAAGUGGAUCGGACUCGGAGGAGGAACGGAGGCUGCCGGAUGUAGUUUGGGAUGACUUAGCCAACCGUAGAUUCCAAGUGAAAAAGAGGCCUGAGAGUUCCAUCUCUCCUAAAUCUUGUUCACCCAUCUUUUCUCCUCCUGACCCAUUAACCACUGGGCUGUACAAACUGACGAGUAACGAGAGGAGAACUUGGGGCACGAACGUGGAGAACUGGCCAACAGUACAAGAAACUUCAGAUCCCUCUUGUUAUUUGGAAGAGAACGAAAGCAAGAAAAGCGUUCCCAACACUGUAAAGGAUGAUCUUUACGUGCGAAAGCUAAGCCCAGUCAUGCCAAGCCCAGGGAAUGCUUUUGAUCAGUUUCUUCCCAAAUGCUGGAUCCCAGAGGAUGUGAACUGGAAACGAAUAAAAAGGGAAACUUACAAACCGUGGUAUAAAGAAUUUCAGGGAUUCAGAAGGAAUUCAGAUUCUGACGAUGAGGACUCAGGCUCUGACAGAAGCGGCACCAUUUUUAGUAGUAUACAAAAAGCAGAUCAUAGGCUAGACAGCAACUGUCAAAGACGUUCACUCCUGCUGGAACUGGCUACCAAACGGGCCAGAAACUCCUGGGACCCCCAUGCAGCCAGGAGAACCCGUGGUGUUUCAGAUGAGCCCAGUCAGUUUUUAUUACUUCAGGCCCUCCAGACAUAUUCUGAUGACAUCUUGUCUUCUGAAACAAAUAUCAAAAUCGACCCCACGGCUGGCCCCCGGCUCAUAACACGCAGAAGGAACCUCUCUUAUGCACCCGGGUGUGGACCGGGAGAUGCCCUGGAGAUGCCAGUCCUGGAUCCUGACUUAGAGAAUGAUGACUUCUUUGUCAGAAAGACUAGGGCUUUCCAUGCAAACCCAUGUGUUCUCCGGGCUUUCGAAGACUUAAGAAGUCUGUCUGGGCAAGAUGAUCCUGUAGAGCGAGAUAUAAUCCUGCAGUGUAGGGAAGGGGAACUUGUUCUUCCGGACCUCGAAAAAGAUGAUAUGAUUGUUCGCCGCAUUCCAGCACAGAAGACGGAGGUGCCUCUGUCCGGAGGCCCUGAUAGAUACCAGCCAGUCCCAUUGCCCGAACCCUGGAUGCUUCCUCCAGAAAUUCAAGCAAAAUUUCUCUGUGUGCUUGAAAGGACAUGCCCCUCGAAAGAACAAAGUACUAGCUGUAGAGUGUUAGUUCCUUCCUGUAGGCAGAAGAAAGACGACAUGUUGGCUCGUAAGAUCCAGUCUUGGAAGCUGGGAACCGCUGUCCCUCCCGUCAGUUUCACCCCUGGUCCCUGCAGCGAGGCGGACUUACAGAAGUGGGAGUCCAUCCGAGAGGCCAGCAGGCUUAGGCACAGGAAGCGGCUGAUGGUGGAGAGACUCUUUCAAAAGAUUUAUGGUGAGAGCGGGAGUAAGUCCUUGAGUGAUGUCAGCGCAGAGGAUAUUCAGAGCUUGCGUCAGCUACGUUAUGAGGAGAUGCAGAGAAUCAAGUCCCAGUUAAAAGAACAGGACCAGAAAUGGCAGGAUGACCUUGCAAAAUGGAAAGAUCGUCGGAAAAGCUACACUUCAGAUCUGCAGAAGAAAAAGGAGGAGAGGGAGGAGAUUGAGAAGCAGGCUCUUGAGAAGUCGGAGAGAAGAUCUAAGACGUUUAACGAAAUGCUGCAGGACAGGGAAUCCCAAAAUCAGAUGUCUACAGUUAUGUCGAGAAGGAGGCUAUAUUCUUUUGAUGACGGAUUGAAUGAAGAAAAGCUUCCCCCUGUGCUGCCUAUGCCAGAAGCCUAUUCCCAGAGUGAGAGAGUAGAAGAGAAAGGAGCGACUUAUCCGACAGAAAUUCCUAAGCAGGAUUCUACAACUUUUGUGAAAAGGGAGGCUACUCUCACAGCUGAAGUCCAGUUUCCUUCUAGAAGCCCCGUGGAAGAACAGCGCCCAGCCUCCUUGUUGUCUCAGCAUUCACUGAAUACACAAAUGGAGUCGACUCGAGUUUCAGCAACUCUCCCCAGAAGUUACCAGAAAACCGAUGCGGCCAGGUUAACCUCUGUGGUCACACCGAGACCCUUUGGCUCUCAGUCAAGGGGAAUCUCAUCACUCCCGAGAUCCUACACGAUGGAUGAUGCUUGGAAGUAUAAUGGAGACAUAGAAGGCGUGAAGAGAACCCAGAGCAGUUCGAUCAGCAUCUCUGUGCAAAGACCUGACACAAGCCAGCUUGCAUCUGGCUCAUCCAGCGAAAGAGAGGCCAAAGCGCCCAGAGAAAGUGUGAUGCGGUUGCCCUCUCCUACACCCCCCUACUCAUCUCUUUCCCAGGAUCAGGCUGCCACUUCUAAAGACACAUUGUCUUCAAUAUCUAGCCCUGAUUUAACAUCUGAGCUUGGAGAAGGGAGAAGCUCGCCACGGGCAGAGGUCCCCAGGUCACAGGAUCAGUUCAGUGAUAUGAGAAUCAGCAUAAACCAGACGCCUGGGAGCGGUCUUGACUUUGGGUUUACAGUAAAAUGGGCUUUUUCCAGGAUCUUCGUAGCAUCAGUUGAAGCAGGUAGCCCAGCCGAAUUUUCUCAGCUACAGGUAGAUGAUGAAAUUAUUGCUAUCAACAACACCAGGUUUUCUUAUAAGGACACAAAAGAGUGGGAGGAAACCAUGGCUAAGGCCCAGGAAACAGGGAGCCUAGUUAUGGAUAUCAGGCGCUAUGGAAAGUCUGGUUCACCUGAAACAAAGUGGAUUGAUGCCACUUCCGGAAUUUACAGCUCAGACAAAGCUUCAAAUCUGUCAGUAACAACUGAUUUCUCAGAAAGCCUUCAGAGUUCUAAUACUGAAUCAAAAGAAAUCAAUGGAAUUCGUGAUGAAAGCAGUACUUUUGAAUCAAAAGCCUCUGAACCUAUUUCUUUGAAAAACUUAAAAAGGCGAUCACAGUUUUUUGAACAAGGGUCAUCAGGCUUUUCUUACAGUUCAUGGGUCUACCUCUGUGGAAGCUCCGAUUCUGUGGUUCCUGAUCUUCCAGUCCCAACCAUCAGUGCCCCAAGUCGCUGGGCCUGGGAUCCAGAGGAGGAACGGAAGCGGCAGGAGAGAUGGCAGAAGGAGCAAGACCGACUGCUGCAGGAAAAAUAUCAGCGAGAACAGGAAAAACUGAGGGAAGAGUGGCAGAGGGCUAAGCAGGAGGCUGAGAGAGAGAAUUCCAAGUACUUGAAUGAGGAACUGAUGGUCCUGAACUCAAACAGCAUUUCUCUGACGGCCCGGGAGCCUGCCCUGGCCACUAGGGGUGAGGAGUCCAAGUCUCCUGACAAGGAAGGAACCCGGGCAGAGGAAAAGAUGAGGCACCAGCAGCAGGAGGAAGAUGCGAAUGAGGACCAAAGGAAGAAGCUGCAGGAACAACUAACUCUUGAGAGAGAGAUGAAGUUGAAGGAGCAGCAGUAUCAGGAAGAGCAGCAACAGAAGCGGCGUGAAGUGGAAGAGCAGAAGCACCAGGCAGAGAAAGAGAGGGAAACUUCCAUCAAAAUAUACCAGUACAGAAGGCCUAUUGAUUCCUAUGACAUACCAAAGAGAGAAGAAGAAUCUUCAGGUUUGCUUCCUAGUGACAGGAAUAAAUCCAGAUCUACUACUGAAUUGGACGAUUUCCCCACAAAUAAAAAUGGAAGCAAUAGAUACGCAGACCGAAGUGGGAACAGUAGCUCAUCACAGAAGAGCUCGAAGAAGGAACCAGCGCCAUCAGGAGCGGAGUUGGAGAGACAGCAAAUCCUCCAAGAAAUGAGGAAGAGAACUUCCCUUUAUGAUGACAACAGCUGGAUCCGACAGCGCAGUUCCAGUGUCAACAAAGAGCCUAUUUGUCUGCCUGGGAUUAUGAGAAGAGGUGAAUCUCUAGAUAACCUGGAUUCCCCAAGAACCAAUUCUUGGCGACAGUCCCCGUGGCUCAGUCAGCCGUCAGGAGUCUAUGCCUCUUCCUCCGUCCAAGACUUCAGUCGCCCCCCACCUCAGCUGCUGUCCACAUCAAACCGUGCCUACAUGCGGAACCCCUCCUCCAGCGUCCCCCCUCCCUCAGCUGGUUCUGUGAAGACCACCACCCCAUCCCCCAUACCGCGUAGCCAUUCCCCCGUGGCUCCACAGCCAGGCUCCCUGCCACGCAACAGGUCGGUCAGUGGGAAGCGUGUGUGCUCCUGCUGUCAUAACAUUCUGGGCAAAGGAGCCGCCAUGAUCAUCGAGUCCCUGGGUCUUUGUUAUCAUUUGCAUUGUUUUAAGUGUGUGGCCUGCGAGUGCGACCUCGGAGGCUCUUCCUCAGGAGCCGAAGUCAGAAUCCGAAACAACCAACUGUACUGCAACGACUGCUAUCUCAGAUUCAAAUCUGGACGGCCAACCGCCAUGUGAUGUCAGCCUCCACCCGAAAGCCCUGUUGCAGAUAGAAGAAGAGGUGGUUGUCGCUGAUAUUGAUAUAUAAAUACAUGUUGUAACAUCCUUUCGCUCUGUUUUUUAAAAAAGAAUAACACCUUUUCUGACCUCUUUAGAUUACAUCAGAGCAUUAUAGUCUUGGUAGAACCUGUAUUUUUGUUGUUUAUUUAUAAGACGGUAAUGAUGUGUGGCAAAAAGUGCAGUAUUUCCUUUUUGAAUUCAGUAUCAUAAGAGCACAGGAAAAAACAAGAACUUCAAAAAUUUUUUUUGAGGCUGAUAAGGAUCUGAUUGACUUUUCUAGCGGUGUUUUGAAGAGGGUUAUUUUAUUGUUUUUUUUUUUAAACUCUGAAAUAUUAUUUGAAAUAGUUAAUAUAAAUAUGUAAUUGCAUUUGCUCUGUUUAUUAUAAAAUAUACUAAAUUAAUGCAGAGCCAUAUGGAAAAUUUCACUAAAAUCCACUCCUAAAUUUGCUUUGCGUAUCCUUCUUUUCAUUUAUGUAAUAUUAUGGUUAAUUUUUUUUUGUAGCUUAUGUAACAUUUUAUUUGCUUGAUGAGGGGAGCUCUAUUUUCUUCACCAGAAUUGUUGCUAAGCAGUUCUCAGUAGAAAGCUGCUGCUUUUCAUUCAUGAAAAUUAUCAUGGUUUGUAUGCCAGAAGUUUUCUUCAGAAACUAGUGAGCCUUUCUGUACAAUUGCAUUUGUAAAUAAACUUGCUUGAUGCAUUUAA